AUGCUUUCUAAGAAAGUAAAAGUUUCUGAUAAAGCACAAGAGGCCAGUUACUUAAUUGCAGAGUUAGUUGUUAAAAGCAUGAAACCUCAUACAAUAGCAGAGACUCUGAUUCUCCCUGCAUGUAGUGCCAUAGUAAAAACAAAGUUUGGAAGUGAAGCAGAAAAAGAAGUAGAUGAAUCCACAGACAUUGGAGGUAUGGCUCAAUUACUGGUAUUUGUUCGGUACAUUCAUGAUGUUAAAAUAGUGAACCAGUUCUUUUGUUGUAAAGAACUUAAGGAAACUACAACAGGCAAAGAUAUUUUCUCUACAUUAAGUGAGUACCUAAAAUCAGUUGGUUUGUCCUGGCAAUCGUGUGUGGGGAUUUGUACAGAUGGGGCACCUGCCAUGAUUGGCUCAAUUAAAGGAUUUGUGUCAUUAGUGAAGAAAGAAAACAGCAGUGUGAUAACACGUUGCUUUCUUCAUCGUGAAGUGCUGGUUGCAGAGACAAUUAGCAAUGAUUUAAAAUCUGUACUGGGAAAAGUUGUAAAAAUGGUGAACUUUAUGAAAAGUCGACUGCUGAAGUCUCGCCUGUUUGCUAAGCUAUGUGAAGAGCUUGAGGCAAAACAUUUGAAUCUCUUCUACAUACGGAAGUAA